UCGCUCCCAGUUCACUACCGCGACGGGGCCGCAGGGAUCUUCUAUACCUACUCAGGAGGGAUCCUCCUUCGCUGCGGCUUCCAUGCUGUUUCCCAGGGAAAACGAGAGCCGGGAGACUUCAGCUGUAUCUGUCGGUGCUGGGGAUCCGGGAACAGCAGGACACACCAGCAGCAACCCGGCCAUUAUGAGCAGCCAAAAGCUAGUAGGGACGUCAAACACUGAAAUAAGGAUUUCCAGCUCUCAUACGCACAAUACAGAUACCUUCAGUACCUUUGGCGGUAGCAAAGGAAAGAGACUGCGGAUGAUAACCAGCAGUGCUUCUGGGUCUACAGCUGGAAUAAUAAACUCUGCUUCUUAUACUGAAAUGAACAGAUCUGGAGCUUUAGCUCAGCAUUCAUCUGCUUCAGUGAUGCAGACAAGAAGAGCUGAUGCCUCAGCAAGUUCUUUGGAUAUUGCUGAACUUGAAACAGUGUUUUUGAGGAUACAUUCUCCCAGGACACCAGUUUCUUCACUUUCAGAGGAUAAUCAUCCAGCUACUGGGAGCAGCCACCACCAUACAGAUAGCAAGUGGAAUGCAGACAGCACAACAUCCAGUUUGCAUAUCAUAAGCACUGCCAGGAGUUCAGCAACAGCCAACCGAGGUGCAGAAAGGACUUCACAGAUUUUUACAGACAGCAUCAGCCUGACUGAUUCAGCAAGAAAAGACUCAGUUUCUCACAGGGAAAUUGCCACCUUUUCUGAUGGAACCCUGUUCCCAUCUCAAACAACGCAUUCCAGAGGAAGAAGUAACACAUCAGAUGUCACACAACUUCCUGAUUCUUCAUCGAGGAUUUUUCUUACUCAAUCUUACUUGUCUCCAAAGACUACUUCAGCAGACAACAGUCAGCCGAGGACCAGCUCAAAUACAGGGAAAAGUAUUUCCAGUUCUCAGACGGACAGUGCGUCUGUUUCAGAUCUCACUGAGAGAGGCGGAGAGAGGACAUUACGAACUUCAAGAGACAUCAGCAGUUCAUUCAAUGCAACACCAAUAUCCACAACCUCUGGCAAUGAAAUCUCUGCCUCUUCAGGCUUCACGGAUUCUUCUCAUGUGUUAACUGCAGUACAGACUGGACAAAUGGAUUUGUUACCAGAGGACAAUGAUUUCACUGAAGCAGCACUUGCACAUUCCCAGGCUUUUUCAGAAACAACAGCUGCAGAAGACAAUGGUCAGCUGAGAAGCAGCACAAGUACAGGGAGAAGUAUUUCCACUUCUUGGAUGGACGGUGCGUCUGUUUCAGGUCUAACUGAGAGAGGCAGAGAGAGGACAUUACGAACUUUAAGAGACAUCAGCAGUAUUUUUAAUGCAACACAAAUAUCUACAACCUCUAGCAUUGAAACCUCCACCUCCUCAGGCCUCACAGAUUCUUCUCAUGCGUUUACUUCAAUACAGACUGGACAAAUGGAUUUGUCACCAGAGGACAAUGAUUUCACUGAAACAGCAGUUACACAGUCCCAGGCUCCUUCAGAAACAACAGAAGAGAGUGGUCAGUCGAGGACCAGGUCAAAUACAGAGAGAUGUAUUUCGAGUUCUCACGUGGAUGGUGUGUCUGUUUCAGGACAAACUGAGACAGGCACAGAGAGGACAUUACAAACUUUAAAAGACAUCACCAGUUCUUUCAAUGCAACACCAAUAUCCGCAACCACUAGCAAUGAAAUCUCUGCCUCUUCAGACCUCACAGACUCUUCUCAUGUGUUAACUCCAGUACAGACUGGACAAAUGGGUUUGUCGCCAGAGGACAAUGAUUUCACUGAAACAGCACUUACAUAUUCCCAGGCUUUUUCAGAAACAACAGGUUUCACUGAGAGAGGUGGAGAAAGGACAUUACGAACUUUAAGAGACAUCAGCAGUUCUUUCAAUGCAACACCAAUAUCCACAACCUCUAUCAAUGAAAUCUCUGCCUCUUCAGACCUCAUGGAUUCUUCUCAUGUGUUAACUGCAGUACAGACUAGACAAAUGGAUUUGUUACCAGAGGACAAUGAUUUCACUGAAGCAGCACUUGCACAUUCCCAGGCUUUUUCAGAAACAACAGUUACUGAAGAUAGUGAUCAUCAGCCAAGAAGCAGGUCAAAUACAGACAGCAUUUCCAUUUCUCACACGGACAGUGCACCUGUUCCAGGUCCAUCUGACAGAAGUGGAGAGAAUACCUUACGAACUCAAAGCAACAUAACUGAUUCCCAUAAUGCAACACAAAUGUCCAUCACUGGUAAUACCAAAAUCUCUAGCUCUUCAGACCUCCCUAAUUCUUCUUAUGUGUUAACUCCAGUACAGACCAUACAAAUGAAUUUAUCACCAAAGGACGCUGAGUUUACUGAAGCAGCACUUACACAUUCUCAGCCUCCUUCAGAAACAACAGGCACUGGAAGUAGUCUACAGCCAGUUAAAGUAUCAGAGGCAGAAAGGAGGGUUUCUAGUGCUUCUACAGACAGCAUAUACUUAUCAGCUAUAUUCAUACAUGGUGGAGAGAGGACAACACGGUCUCUACCAGAUAACAGCACAUCUCCUGAUGCAGCAGAUAGUACCAGUUACAAAACUGAAACUUCCAGGUCUUCAGAACCAACCCUGAUCUUAACUUCUGGGGCAGAAAUACUCAGUGUCUCAUUAAGUGAAGUGCAACCCACUGGGCCUUCUACUGAGCGCUCAGUUCAACAUUCCUCUGAAGUUCCACUGUUCUCAACUUCAUCAAAGGAUUUAUCAACUUUUGGAAAUGGUAAUAAUUCAGUGAGUGGCUCAAGUGUUUCACGCUCUUAUACCGAAAGCACUUAUAGUUCAGCAACUUUCAGCAAAGAAGAAGCACAAACUGUACAAUCUAUAGUUAACACUACAUUUGUUGAAGCAACUGAAAGCCCCUCAUCAUAUAUGGAAGAGUUCAAUGGCUCGGAGCUAAAUCCUUCCUCAUCAAAGGUAUACUCUCAAAGGACUGACUUCUCAGAAAAAUACUUUGAUAUAUCUGGGCCUGCAACUGAGACUUUUCAAAGUCUCAGCUCAUCAAGGAUACCAACUUACUCUUCCUUCCAAAGUGAACCUUCAGACACUGGAGCAGACCACCAGCCAAUGAGUGGCACUGACACUGGAAAAAGGACCUCCGUUUCUCAUACUGACAGUACAUACAUUUCAACCACUUUCACAAGGGGUGGAGAAAGGACGUUGCUGUCUGUCCCAAAUAGCAGCAUGUCAGCAGACUCAUCAGAAAGUUCCACUUUUUAUGCAGAAAUGUCCAGCCCUUCAGAGUCAGCUCAGUCCUCAUUUUCUGCGACCCAGAGCAGAAGAAGCAACAUGUCCUCAAAUGACAUGGAUUUCUCUGUGCUGUCAACAGAACCUUUGGCUGUACAGUCCUUGAAAACAGCAGCAUAUUCUUCUGUGCUCAGUGAGGUGCAUACAACUCAGUUGUAUUCAAAGUCUGAAUCGACAUCUGAUGGCAGCUUGUCAUUUGCAUCAUCCACUUCAACAUCACCAGAACAGGAUUCACUUCCACCAACUCGGCUGCCAGCUCUCUUUUCGUCCUCAGAAUCCCCUUUCCCAUUGUCUUCCUCUGCUUUCCCAUCACUGUUUUCAUCAUCCCCUCAAACUCUUUUAGUGACUUUUUCACCCAGGCUGUCAUCAACAGUGCUGCCCACAUUACCACCAUUCCCCUCUUUGUUGCCUUCUCUUUCCUCGACACCUUCAUCGUUACAACCUAGCAAACAUUUUGAAACCAGCGUUUCUAUGGCUGUAUCUGAAGGGACAACUGGAACAGACCCACCCACUGCUGGAAGUUCCCACAGUGAGGUCAACAGCCACACUGGGAUGUAUCAAUUGAAGGAUAGUAGUGAUCGGGGUUCAACAGGAUCUUCUCCUCUUCUGACUGAAACUACUGAACAACUCACGGACCUCUCAUCACCUAGGAUUGUAUCCCUAGAUGAAACCAAGAGCUCAAAAGAACAAAAUGUUUCACUCCCAAGGGCCAGGGUUGGAAAAACCCCUUCUGUUUUGCCUACGUUUCCUACAUACUUGCUAGAAAGUACCACAGAGUCAGAGACAGCAAAAGCAACAACAUCUACAUUGUCAUACACAACCACUCAAAAGGAUGCCUUCAGUUUUGUGGUGGUAACCACAGGAAAGAACUUUAUAAAGACAGUUCACACAACGUUGGGGUUACCUACUUUAGCAUCAAGCACGGAUUAUGUGGUCACUACAAAGGCUCAGAAAGCACAACCUCCCUUUCCUACCAAGAUACCCUCUUAUGCCACUGGAAUGCCUACAAAAGCAAUGGAAACAAGCAUCUCAACUAGUAUUAAAGUCACCAAGCCCAGUACCACUGCUACCCAUCCUCCCAAAAUGUUUUCUUCCAGAAAAACCACUGCAGGGACUUCUUCUACUUCACCAGUUCCCACUAAACCAACCACUGUCAUGUGGGUAGAAAGCCGAAAGACAUUUUCAGCUUCCCAUGGAAAAGCUAAUGUGUGUACCAUGGAUACUUGCCUUAAUAAUGGGAAAUGCAGUAUGGAUAGCUUGAUGGACACAUUCCAGUGUCAGUGUUCACCUGGCUGGCAAGGAGAAGACUGCAGUAUGGAUGUAGAUGAGUGUCUGUCUAAUCCGUGCCCAGCCUUGGCCACAUGUACAAACACCCAAGGUUCAUUCCAGUGUAUGUGUUCCCUGGGCUAUCAGAUGGAGAAAGGAAAAUGCAAUUUAGUACGAACAUUUGUUGGCCAGUUUCCAUUAAUGUUUAAUACAACUGGAGGAAAGUACUUAGAGCUUCAUCAAAUUGAAGAAGAUAUCAUAAACAUGCUGAACAGUUCUCUUUCAACAUUGCCUGGUUAUUAUACCUCCACUGUUAAAGCAUCAAGACAGUCAGGCACCGUCCAAGUAUCUGUCCUGAGCACCUUUUCUUUAGUCUCCAAUAUCACCCUUUUUGACAUUGUCAGCACUGUGAGAAGCCAUAUCCGAGCCUGCAAAGCACCCACAGAGACUUGCCAGUUCAUCUCUAAGCUUACACUGCUCCACAGAGUUGGCGGUCUGUGUAAACACAAAGAUCCGGAAUGUGACAAAGAAACUUCUGUAUGUGUGGACCUGGAUGGUAUUGCCAUUUGCCAGUGCCAGGCUGGAUACUUCAAAUACAAUAAGCUGGAUCAUUCCUGCAGAGCUUGUGAAGAUGGGUAUAAACUUGAGAACAGCACUUGUGUAAGUUGCCCAUUUGGAUUAGGAGGAUUCAACUGUGGGAAUCCAUAUCAGCUGAUCACCAUUGUGAUUGCAGCGGCUGGAGGGGGACUUCUGCUCAUCAUGGGGAUAGCUCUCAUUGUCACAUGCUGCCAGAAGAAUAAAAAUGACAUAAGCAAACUCAUCUUCAAAAGUGGAGAUUUCCAGAUGUCACCAUAUGCUGAAUAUCCCAAAAACCCUCGAGUUCAGGACUGGGGGAGAGAAACCAUUGAAAUGCAAGAGAAUGGAAGCACUAAAAACUUACUACAGAUGACAGAUGUUUACUAUAUGCCAACCAACCUAAGGAACCCUGAACUGGAAAGAAAUGGGCUCUACCCACCAUACACAGGUCUUCCAGGAUCCCGACACUCCUGCAUCUACCCGGGGCAAUACAACCCCUCCUUUGUUAGUGAUGACAGCAGGAGAAGAGACUACUUUUAACAGAAUUGCAGGAAGGUGCUUGGAAGGCAAAUGGAAGAAGGGCAAUUACCUGCUACUUGUUUUGUGGGUACCCUAUAAUUAUACAGCUCAGAUGCUGACAUGAUUGUAUGCAGAAAGGACACUUUGGAUCCUUGGAGAAGAUUGAACAGGAUUGCCCGAAAGGAGCCAUGUGUAGCUGCUGUUGAACUGCAGAGGGAAAGCAAGUAUCAAGAGUAAGCCAAUGUACAGGUGUAAGAAGCAAGCGAUAAGCUUAAUGGAGUUCCCGUGCAUGCAUUCUGCAUGUUUUCCUCACCACUAAUUGUGUCACAUAACAUGAAUUUGAUCAUAGAUCACUAAAACAAAACUAACAAAUGCUCUGGAUGACACUCUAAAUCUAAUGCCACUAGGGUGUGUUGUGUUUACAGAUAACAACUAGUGCUGUGUUUGUGUUGCCUCCCCCCCCCGUUAUGCAAAGCUGUGUUGAAUGAAUUUUAUGGGAAGAGCCCUUUCUCUUUCAUCACCAGGUAUCUAUUAAUAGGUACUAAUGAGAUGCUCACCAAAUGGUGGGGAUAUGUACGGGAAUGUGGCCUAAGGAUGAGGAAUCUUUGUGUAAUGUGGAAAAUCCAGAGACUUUUUUUCUUUUUUCUUUAAAACAAUGUGUCCUCUUGAUUCCUGUCUUGGAACCUGUGUCACUCAUUCAUGUUUUGAGUCAUUAGCAAUGCUGCCCUGUGUUUGACUCAGUUUAUUACUGACUAUUCAUACUCUUGUCUGUUAUGAACAGUAAUAAUUGUCCCAUGCCGAUGCCUUCUCCAGCCAUGGAUUUUCUUUCUGCCUGAAUUCUCAGUGUUUUGAUUAUUUAUUUCAUUCUCAUGCUAGGAGAACCUCCUUAACAGAUUUUUUAUAUAAUUUUUUUUUUUAUCUUGCUUAAAUGUUAAGAUUGAAGUUUGCUAUUUGACCAAACAGUAGGUAAGGAUUGCCCACAGUAAAAAUUGUUUUGUGUGUAUAUGUAUUUUGAUAUUUAGGUUUACAAAACAUGAAAUUUGGGGUCAGAAAAUGAAAUCCUGAAAUCUUCAUAUCAAGUGUUUGGAAUAUGAAACUCAGCUGAUUAUGGUUGAGAAUACAUAAAGUGUUGCAACAUGUGCCCCCAAAUUCAGUUGGAAUAUUUGCUGAGUUUUACAGACAGCUGAUUGUUUGCUUUUAGUUUAGCAAAGAUCAUCUAAAUCAUCCAGAUAUGUUGUUUUAGCCUCACUUGUUCAGUGCAAUGCUGUUACCAGAUUAAACCCCAAGAGGCUCAGUUAACAGAGCUGGUUUAAAUGGCCUCCAACCAGCUUAUUGACUCAAUUAUUCCCUCUCAUUGGCUAAUGUUAGAGAAGAGAGUAAAGGAGUAUAGGCAUUUUACAGUCAAACAAUUAAGGGAUGGUGAUGAUUAAUUUGUUAGCUUUCUACAAAAGGAAGUGGCUUACAACAAGAACAUACAUACGAAAUACAAUUUGCCACAAGUACAUUGUUUAAAAGCAAUUAACAGGGUACUGCAAGUGUACAUCCAGAAAAAUCAAUUAGAAACAAAAUACCCAUCCCCAUUCAACAACAGGAUGGACACCAAAAUGCUAUCAAAAUGGCCACAGCAUGACUUGUAUUUACCGUUUCCAAAAUAAAACAUGGGGUGCUCCCUAAGCAGCUCAAAUCUAAGGGUCCUUCUGGUUCACAUGUUGAAAUGGGAGGAUUGUGUUCCAUGGAUGAACUUGUGAGAUGAUGUUGACUGCCAGGGCUCCUCUUGUGGGAGAAUUGUCAUUUACUAGAAAACCAGGAUUCAAAGUCAUGAGUUAAUUGUGAUGGUUGGACCCAGAACCACAUUCUUUUCUGUGGGAAAAGAGUUCUCAUGUUAGUGUCACAGAGACCUGUUGGGCGGUGUGUGACCCAAAACAUCUCAUAUCUUUGUCAUUGUCAAAAUUUCCAUCCCCUUACCACUGAGGGAGAAUAUGCUUCUGCUCCUUUGGUCCUCCUGCCCAUAUACCCAGAGAUCCCUGUGCUCUCCCAAUGUAGCACUAAAGAGCUCAUCUCCCAUAGUUAUUUUUUAAAAAAUAUUUCCCAACACAUGGCAAAGCUAUUCCCCACCUGCAAGACUAGUCCCACCCUGUUCCAUAAUGUGGAGAUAGAGAUAAUGCUAAAGAAGGCUGACUCUUAUACAGCUGGGCAUGAGAGAGGCAAUCAGGAUGUAAUUUAAAAAGGUUUGACAUCAUAUGUUGCCAAAACCAAACACAAGUUCUCAUAGCAUUUCCUGAUGUAAAAAAAAAAAUCUCUUGGUCAAACUUUGUUCUCUGAACAUUGUAAAGAAGGUGCGGUGUAAAAGGGGACUUUGUACAGUGCGCAAGAAGCUGCUAAGUGGUGAUGAUUGGAACUUAAUCAUGAACAAAUUGGAGGAAGGGGUGAAUAGUGAGAGACCAAGGCUGCAGAUUAUGCUGUAAUAUUCAGAACAGUCAUUCUGAGCUGAUUGCACAGAGCACCAUGUGAUUGUUUCAGAAUGGGUGAGUGGGAAACAGAAGGAAGAUCUGCAUCAGGCCAAAGGUGUUUCUUGUCCAGCACUCUGUCUCCCACAGUGACAAUGCAAAAUGAAAAAAGAGAGGGAUGCACUCCUCAAGGAAGCACAAAAAAAGAAGGAAAGAAUCCAAGGAUGUUGGAGAAAGGAAGGCGUAAUAGAAAGAGCCAUGCCCUUUGUAUACCACUUCUGAACAGAUAGACUAACCUACACUCCCAUGAAGUUGUCUAAUUCUCUUAGGAAUUAAAUUCAACUAUAACUGUAGUCUGGGACAUUUGUGGGGAUCUGGAUCCAACCUCAGAUUUCAUUGGUCAUAGAAGAGGCUAAAAUCAUUCUGUAUAAAAGCUAAAUUUACAAACCUAACCACACAGAGUUCUAGGACUUGUGGUUUGUUUCUCUCCUAACAAACGAUGAUGGUAAGCCAAAGUUUAUUUAUUAUUUAUUUUAUUUAUUUACCAUAUUUAUAGACAACCCUUCAGCCAAAGGCCCCAGGGCAGAAAUACACAAAAUUUAAUAAUAUUAAAACCAACCAACUUAAAUUCCAUAGAAAUUUCAUAGAAACAGCAACAACUAAAAUCUAACCAAACGUACAUGAAUCUUCCCCAAAAGCCUGAGAAAAGAGUUGUGUCUUUACUGGACAAUGAAAUGAUAACUGUUGCAGUGAGAAGCAAGUGAGAGGUCAUUCCAGAGACACAGGGUUACUCCUGAGAAAGCACACCCAUAGGAACCCACCCCUCAGAUGUCAUUCGGUGUGGGGACUACUAACAAGGCUUCCCCUGCAGAUCUUAAGACAUGGGAAAGAUGGUACGGAAGGAGAUGUUCUUUCAGAUACUGGGGACCUAGAUUGUUUAGGGCUUUAAAUACUGUUAUAAGCACCUUAAAUAUAGCUUGGAAGACAAUAGGCAACUAACGGGCAAUCAAAAUUGAUGUCAUAUGUGUGCUUCUCCAGAUACUCGCCAGCAGCUUGGUUGCUGCAUUUUGCACUACUAACAACUUUUCAAGGGCAGCCCCGCACAGAGCUCAUUGCAAUAGUUCAUCCUAGAAGUUAUCAGGACACUCAUAACUGUAGCCAAGCUAUCUCUCUCCAGAAAUAGUUUGUGUUGGUGCACCGAAAGUCGGUGUAGGCACUCUUAGCCACUGAGGCCAUUUGGGCCUCAAGUGAUGAGAAAGGUUUGUUCAUAGCUUGCCAUCAUGGUUCGUUAGAACAGAAACACAUCACGGCACGCUACUUGGAUGUAAUACGAAGCCAGCCUCUAGUUUGUUUCCCCCUCUGAACAGAAAAGGUAGGAGGGAGGGAGGAGCACUGGGGAACUUUUAACUUUAAUAUUAUUAUGUUUUAAUGUGACAUGCAAACUGGGCCACAGACGAAUAAUAAUCAUACCUCCCAGCCAAAGGAACCCUGGGGAUUGUACUUCUGUGUGCAGAACUAAAGAUUUUUUAAAGUGAUUUUUCAGUACCCUCAGCAGCACUAUAGUUCCCAAGAUUCUUUGAGGGGAAGCCAUGACAGUUAAAUUGCUAUAAAAUUAGUGUAGAUAGUAUAUACCCUUCAGAAAAUGAAUAACAGUGUGCCCUUGGUAGAAGCUCUGCAGAGUCCCAUUGUGAUGCCCUGUGAAAAAGCAACAAGAAAAAAUCUGGUAUGAAGGGGAGCCCAAAAUAUUGGUUAAUUUAUUUAGUCGUAAUAAAUGGCUCCUUCAGACAUAUUACUUUGAAACUAUCAAUUAGGUUAAUAUUUUAUUUUAUGCAAUGACAGUGACAGUUUGACUUCUGUGCUGGAUACCUUUUACACUGGGGAAAGCUUGAUAUAUUUUGAUACUUAAAUAUUUUGCAAAAAUUGUCAAGAUGAGCCUAUGCAGUUAUGCAACACAAGUCCCAUUAGACCAAGUUAGAGUUUAUCACAUGGGACACAGGCUUAGUUUGUGGUGAAAAAUGAUCAUGUGUUUGGAAUUCUUAGACAUACAGCAAAAUCCUAACCACAUUUACUGAGAAAUAAGUCCUAUUGAAUUCACUGGGGCUUACUCUCAGAUGAGUGGGGUUACGAUUGCAGCCUGAACAGAGCAGUCCAAAGCCCCUUUGCACAGGGCCAGGGGGGAGGUUGGAUUGGAUGCAGGUGCCCCUCUGCUGACCUCCUGCUUGGUGCCAGUGCCACCUGAGGAGUGACACCAGUUUCACUCGACUAGUGUGGAGCUUCCCUUCUGCCAGCAGGACUGCGGAGAUAGUCCUGCCACUCCAUAAAACUCUGCCAGGCUGAGGAGUGAGGAGUUAGGAUUGUUCUGUAAAUCAUUACUGAGACCCGGUCAGUUUGUUGUUUCAUAGAAAGGCCUAUGGAAUGUUAAAGAAAUCUUAUGAAAAUCCUACAAAACUUAUUAGAGAGUUAUAUCUCUGUCAUAUGAUUCUGUAUAAUAUUGGAAGGAAAAUGAUCUUACAGAACCCAGUAUAUAUUAUAUUUCUUAACAAUGUUGUUGGUUUUUAAAUGAAAUCUGCUACAUUCUUUUGGUUUCUUCCAUAAAAAAUAAAUAAAUUUGGCAGGACUAUAAAAAGAAAGCCACUCUCAUGUUUACCUGUCUUUAACGUGUAUGUGGCAUCUAUUAUUGCUAGCAAACAAGAAUGAUCAAGCCUUCUUGUGUGUUUUCAUGAUGACUCUGAAUGUACUGUCAGUUGACCUGCAAUUAUCUAUUGUACUUUGUUCUGGAUUUCAACUUUGCAUAUCUGUGAACAUAACUUCCGAGUUGUUUUGUUUAUUUUAUUUUCCCAACACAGUGUUAUUUAAAAUUGUAUCUUAUUUGCAGCCUCCACUAAUUAUACAGUACUGUAGCUCGAAAGUAUAAUUUCUAAAGUUUGGAUUAUUUUUAUAAGC